CAGAGCUCAGUGCAGUGUGGACGAACAGUUACAGGAACACUCUGAAGCAAAGACUCCGACUCCAAAUCCAACCAGCCGUCUAUCACAAUGAACCCCGAGCCUGUUGUCAUCGUCUCUGCUGCUCGGACACCAAUCGGGUCCCUGAAUGGUGCUCUGUCCACGGUGUCUCUGCAUGACCUGUGUUCAGUUGUGAUCAAGGACGUCCUGAAGCGGGCUGCAGUGAAGCCAGAGGAGGUCUCUGAGGUUAUCAUGGGACACGUCUUAACAGCAGGUCAUGGACAGAACCCGGCACGUCAGGCCAGUGUCGGGGCAGGUAUCCCCUACCCUGUCCCGGCCUGGAGCUGCCAGAUGGUGUGUGGCUCGGGCCUGAAGGCUGUGUGGCUGGGAGCUCAGUCCAUCCAGGCUGGAGAGUCCACUGUGGUGGUGGCAGGGGGCAUGGAGAGUAUGAGCAGGGCUCCUCACACCCUGCACAUGAGAGCAGGUGUGAAGAUGGGCGAUGCCUCCCUGCAGGACUCCAUGGUGGCCGACGGCCUGACAGACGCCUUCCAUGGCUACCACAUGGGCAUCACAGCGGAGAAUGUGGCGAAGCAGUGGGACGUCAGCCGGGAGCAGCAGGACCUGUUUGCUGUUCAAUCCCAGAACAAAACGGAGGCCGCGCAGAAAGCGGGACACUUUGAUCAAGAGAUUGUUCCUGUCACAGUAUCAACCAGACAAGGUCCGGUGGAGGUGAAGGUGGAUGAGUUUCCUCGUCACGGCAGCAACACAAACAGCAUGUCCAAACUCAAACCCUGCUUCAUUAAGAACAGCGGCACUGUCACCGCGGGAAAUGCAUCAGGUAUUAAUGAUGGAGCAGCAGCAACUGUCCUAAUGAGCCAAUCAGAGGCUGUGAGGCGUGGCGUGAAACCCAUGGCCAGAAUCGUAUCGUCGGCUCAAGCUGGCCUUGACCCAUCUAUCAUGGGAACUGGACCAAUACCGGCUAUCAGGAAAGCGGUUGAGAAAGCAGGCUGGCAGCUGGACCAGGUCGACUUAUUCGAGAUCAAUGAAGCAUUUGCUGCCCAGUCUAUUGCUGUGGUCAAAGAGCUUGGCCUGAAUGUGGACAAGGUGAAUGUGAGUGGUGGUGCCAUUUCUCUGGGCCAUCCCAUUGGCAUGUCCGGCUGCAGAGUGCUGGUGACCUUGUUGCAUGCGCUUCAGAGGACUGGAGGCCAUAAGGGCGUGGCAUCUCUCUGUAUUGGAGGCGGGAUGGGCAUCGCCAUGUGCGUGGAGAGGGUCUGAGAUAAAGACCUGAUGCUGCUUUACAGAUUGCACUCGUCUUCUCAUCUUUUUAAUGGAUAAGGGAACUUUGUUUACACUGCAGGGGCAUGAUAUAACAUUAUUUACCUGGUCUCUUCCAAAUCACGGUACUCAAGGUAAAAGCAAUAAGUAUGUGUUGUGAUUGUUGGAUUUUAUCCAACCAAAGCUUGCCAUUCUCACUGUGAACUUCACUUAACUUCACCCUUUCUCAGGUUCUAGCUGUGUUGCUCAGUGUUUGGGGCUUUAGGAUGUCUACAUCAUGUAAGUCUAGUGUAUGGUGACAGCUUAAACAUAACCUUACAACCUGGUAUUGGAUGUGCUGAAUAGGUACCAUACUGCAGUAAUAGUUGUUGGCUGAAAUUAAGAUAUUAUAGUUUUUUCCUUUUAAAAUGUUCUGCUUUAGUUUCAUGUACAACUGAAAGAAGCGUAACACUAAAACUGCAAAGGCAAUUCAUUUCUAGUGCCCAGUAAGCUUUGUAAGACAUGCUACCUUCAUGUAGAGUAGAAGUUUGGUGUAAGUUAUCUGAUAACUGUUUCAAGCACUCAGUAGAUUUGCUUUGAGAACCGAUACUGGUCAACAUUCCUCUUUCUCUAACCAACUGUACAGACAACACAGCUAAGUGCCAUAUGGUUAAGUAUGCUAGCCUAGUGUAACCCUUGUGCUUCUUGUAAAUAACAAUGUUUACAAAAAUGUUAACUGUAAUUUAGCUGUUCUUCAUAUCAAUAAAGAAUUAUAAGCCAUA